UUCCUGCUUCUGCUUACUCUGUUCUGCACCUGGGGUUAUUUCAGGGGAAGUCAGCCCGGCCCUGAGAAUGAGAAUGAUACAAUGCAAUAUUCUAGGGAAAGUUCUGGGGAAAAACAUCUUCUAGGGAAAGAACAUUUUGACCCGUCCUUUGGUCGGGUGGAGCGAUGGGAGUGGAGAGGGAACAAAGAAAUCUGUAGCCCCCACAGAUCUCUCUGGGAGGACGGUGGUUGCCGCGGCCCAUUGAGUCAGGAGGCCGCUGGGGGCAGCCUCCUUGAAGUAAAGGAUUGCAGAAGCUUGACUCCCUAGAUACGGUUGCUCUUAGGACCAUUGUCUACCUUACAAAAACCCGCUUACGCGAGCCAAAAAUAUGUACUGGGACUGUCCCAUGAAAUCACCCGUGCAUAUCCUGAGCCCUAUAUAAAUCAUGCAUACACAAAAUAAAGUUGGACUUGGACACCAAACUCCUUGUCUCACUGCCUCCUCCUUCGCCGACGCCGUCCAUCCCUCAGGAGAACCUGUUCGGCUGGGGCUGGACCCCGGCAAGUGGCGCCGGAACAUGGACCUGAAGGAUCAAAUGGAAGGACUUGCUUACAGGACAGUGGAAAGUCCUGAUAUUCUCUUAACCAGCGGUCGAGGAUAUGCUUGCAUAUUUCCACAGGACGCUUCAUCUCCUUGGUGGAUUCCUGAUCGUCUGAUUCAGCAUGUACCGCAAGCAGCCUCUGCCCCCACCUCCAGAAAAGUGGAUGAGCCCCAGCUUCCAAGUCAAGAUGGAUGAUAAAUCUCCCCCAGUAGCCCAGAUGAGACGACUUUCACUCCGCGAGAAACCUUUUAAACGUUUGGCUGCCCGUCCGCACUCGCCUCCGCCCUCUUAUUCUUUUUACUGACUCUGGCAAAUUCAGCCACACUUGUUGCAGGCCAUAGCCGCUUUACAGAAUGUUGUAUUGAUUAGACCAACAGGAUCACAAUUGUAUAAGGUUAAGGCCUGUGUCCCAGCCCCUUAUGUUUUCUUGGCCUCUCCUGUACACAGUUUUGCUAUGUCUAUCUCUUUUAAUAAUUCUUGUUAUGAUAUCUCCUGUCCAGAUUGUAUUUUAACUAAUUGUUUGAGCCCCGAUAUAGAGGUACAAGCUGUAAUCAUAUUACAACAAUCCCCCUACCUUAUGCUACCUGUUCAUUUAUCUGAACCUUGGAAUGAUGAUGUUGGAUUGCUUACGUUAAAACAGGCUACUGAUCUCUUACAGCGCUCCCGCCAGUUUAUCACUGCUUUAAUAUUAGGAACCUGGACUCUCAAAUUUAUAAUAUAACCUGUAAGAACUGUAUUUUGACUAGUUAUUUAUCUCCUGCUGUAAAAAUACAAAAUGUUAUGAUUCUACAACAAUCACCUUAUAUAAUUGUACCUGUCUCUUUAAAAGAAAAAUGGUUUGAUGAUACAGGCCUUAAAACAAUUGAGGGAGCCACUCAGUUCCUCUCUAGAUCAAAAAGAUUUGUUGUUGCCCUAAUUUUGGGCAUAUCAGCCUUAAUCACUCUCCCUACUUCCUUGACUGUAUCAGCCAUAGCACUCGCCAAACAGAUACACACAGCUUCCUGUGUUGAUGAUCUCUCUAAAGACAUUACUCUCGCCUUAGCCACACAAGAAGCUAUAGAUCGAAAGUUAGAAGCUAAAGUUAAUGCUUCAGAAGAAGCCGUACUUCAAAUAGGACAAGAACUUACGAAUCUAAAGGUUCGCUUAACUCUUCUUUGUCAUGUAAGUUAUAGAUGGAUCUGUGUUACCCCUCUACAGGUCAAUGAAUCUCAGCCCUCUUGGGAUAAAAUUAAAAAUCAUAUUCCGGGAAUUUGGAAUCACUCUGACUUAAGCUUAGACCUAAGUUCACUCCAUGAUCAAAUUCAAGCCAUUAAUGGAGCUGAAAAAGAUUUUGCCUCCUCCUCUUCGGCUUCUGAUUUUUUCACUUCCCUUUCUAGUUUCAUAACUCGUCACACACUUAGUACUUCUCAUUUCUUUAUCUCUCUGGGGAUUAUUUUAGGAUUUCUUCUGAUUGCUCUUCUUUUUCCAGUCAUCAUCAGACUGCUAAGGCGAGCCAUUGAAAGGGUCUCUGCUGAAGUGCGACUUGCCUCUCUAAAAAACAAAAAAGGGGGAGAUGCUGGGAGCCGUCAGCCUACAAGUUAAGCCCCUGCCUUGUGACACGAUCCGGGAGAGAGAUGAGGGGACGCACAGCGACCCUCAAGGGAAUCUACCAGGCUGCCCCUGCAACGAGUCUCCCUGGUACUUUUGACUUUCCUGCUUCUGCUUACUCUGUUCUGCACCUGGGGUUAUUUCAGGGGAAGUCAGCCCGGCCCUGAGAAUGAGAAUGAUACAACGCAAUAUUCUAGGGAAAGUUCUGGGGAAAAACAUCUUCUAGGGAAAGAACAUUUUGACCCGUCCUUUGGUCGGGUGGAGCGAUGGGAGUGGAGAGGGAACAAAGAAAUCUGUAGCCCCCACAGAUCUCUCUGGGAGGACGGUGGUUGCCGCGGCCCAUUGAGUCAGGAGGCCGCUGGGGGCAGCCUCCUUGAAGUAAAGGAUUGCAGAAGCUUGACUCCCUAGAUACGGUUGCUCUUAGGACUAUUGUCUACCUUACAAAAACCCGCUUACGCGAGCCAAAAAUAUGUACUGGGACUGUCCCAUGAAAUCACCCGUGCAUAUCCUGAGCCCUAUAUAAAUCAUGCAUACACAAAAUAAAGUUGGACUUGGACACCAAA